UGACAGCGGCAGCAGUUUCCACACACACACACACACACACACUCACACUCACAGAGUCCGAGAGUGAGAGAAGAGUUUCGUAACUUGGGGAAGUUAGCCGGAGCCAUCGAUCACUGGAGCGUCUUGUUGUUCUGUCUCUGGUGUCAGUGACACAGCGGAACAUUGAGCGUCAGCUGCGUCACUUUUUCUGCGGAGUUGCCUCACUCUGUGUCGGACCUUUAUUCUCUCCCCUCGCCGCCGAGGAUCCAGCGUCUCCGCUCCAGGAUUAAACUGAAGAACACUCGUCCGUCUGAGAAGAGCCUGGCCAGUGCAGCCAUGCUGAUGUAUGAUUACCCUCUGAAGCCAGACAUGGAGACGUCAUUCUACUCUUCGCUUGUGAAAAGCCCAGAGCCGUACAGAGUGAUCUUCCCCCAUCCCGCCCCCCUCUACCACACGCACAUGCACGCCUUCGCCCAGUCCCACACCCCCAGCAACCCCACACACACCCAGCUGGAGCCAGUUGAUCUGUCACUCAGCAAGCGCUCCUCCUCCAGCUCAUCCUCCUCCUCUCCUCCCUGCUCCUCCGCCUCCUCCCCGGCCUCCUCGCGCAGCUCUCCGCCCUCGCCUCACAGCACAGCGAGCCGCGCCUCCCCCCGCUGCUCCCCUCCGCACGCCCAGCUGCGCUCCUCGCCCUCCCACGCCGUCCCGCCGCCCACUGCCUCGCUUCCUUACACCACCAUGGUGACUCCUCUGAUCAGCUCGGGAUCCGGGGUCAUUCAGGGGUCAGGGGUCAUGGUGUCUCCGGUCAUGGUGCCUCUGUCAGUCCUGUACUCAUCGUCCCUCCACCUGCACCAGCCCAUAAUGAUGAGCCAAGCCGUCGCCUGUGACGACGACCACCAUCGGAGCAGGGAGCACAAGACAGUUCACUCUGCUAAGCCCCUGGAGCUACGAGGCGACGCCCACGACCUGCACAAGCCAAUCAAAACAGAGCCUUGCCCUGAGCUUCUUCAUGACUUCCACAACAGCCACGAGAUGAAAUCAUCGGUCAUCAGGAUACCACACGAAUAUGAGGGAAACAACCCGUCAGUAAUAGUCCAUUCAGGCACGAAGCAUCCUCUCCCCGCUGACUCUCCCGACACGCUGAAGAAGCGACGGAUUCACCUCUGUGACUUCAGCGGCUGCAACAAAGUGUACACCAAGAGCUCCCACCUCAAAGCACACCGCAGGACACACACCGGUGAGAAGCCCUACAAGUGCAUGUGGGAGGGCUGCACGUGGAAGUUCGCCCGCUCAGACGAGCUGACGAGACACUUCCGCAAGCACACGGGAGUCAAACCGUUCCAGUGUCCCGACUGCGAACGCAGCUUCUCCCGCUCUGACCACCUGGCUUUGCACAAGAAGCGCCACCUCCUGGUGUGAAGCAGCUCCCGCGGGAAACUUGAAAAGAAACUCACUCAGUGCUGGUUUCAUUGUCGGACUGUACCACUUUGACUUGAGUUAUUUUGUUUUCUUUUAAAGGAGCUGGCCUUAAUCAAUGGACUCUGACGGGGAGGGGGUAAUUGUUCCUCAGGGUGCACGUUUAGACCCUUUCACCUCAUUAGCCUGUAUCAUGAGCUGGUGUCACCCAUCACAUUCAUUAUAAUAGAAAUGUGGGUGUCACAGCGGACGUCUGAUCUGCCACACCUUUCGAGAAAGAGGCUGCAAUAUCUCAGCUGGCCUGAGAACAGCACCCUCUGGUGGCCACAACUGCAUCGACACCACACAGCAUGCUCAAGCUUUUCUUUUUGCAACAUCAGCUCUCGUUUCUCUGCGUGCAUUCCAGUACAGAUUGUGGACACAUACACACACACUCGCUAGCUAGGCCAAAAUAAUGUGAAUCUUCGCAGAAUGUAUUAUAUCACACCUACUGUGCGCUGUGUCAUACAUACUUCAGCUUACUUCCACCAGCGCAGCUACCGGUGACAUAAUGCUAACGUUAACUCCACACCCACCUCAUCCGCCUGAACCCGCUUACAUCAUGAAGUGUAUAAAAAACAAAACAAAUAAACAGGUAGCUAAUGCUCACUUACCCUCUGUACAUACAUACAAUGCACACGUUUAACGGCACACACAGCGGAACACAUGCACUUAUUAAAAGCAGCUCGGUCUUGCGUGUGCUCUUGGUUUUUGGGUUGAAGAGAAAACGGGGACUGUGGGUCUCAUUCAUUUUCAGAGUGAAGUGUUUUUUUAUGUUUUCAUUCAGAAAUGUGAACGUAGCUGCACAGGGGGCAUUAUCGUGUCAGCGAGGAAAAAGACAUCGCUCGGUUGGUUUAAGGGUAGAAGCAAUGAAAUGUCUUACCGAUGUUUUAUAUCAAAGUUUUAUGUAUCUAUGAACGUGUGGUUUAUGUUGUGACACCGUGGUAGCCUUUUUUUUUAUUCUAUGACACUUUUAUAUGGGAUAACAAUACAAAAUGCAAAGCAGGGAAAUUUGCUCAUUAAUCUUUCUGUUUUUCAGGAGCAAAUGUUUAAUUCCAACACGCCUCAAAGGAGGAUCUGUUUAAAAAGACUCAUGUGAUUCCAAUCCAAGGUUGCAAAAGUUUCUAGAACACCAUCAAACCUCUUUUUUAAAAAUGCCAUCACCACUUUAGAGCAGGACUUAUUUUACUUCAGCUUCAGGAGAACAAAGCAGUUUUUUGCGUAUAGCAUAUUUGUACAACUCUAAAGUGCACUUUAUAUAUAUAUACAUAAAUACAACCACAUGAUGUAUAAAACAUUCCCAGAGCCAAACUUUUUCAAAUUUCUUUAAUCGUAGAGAUCUGCUGGUCAGUUUGAUCACAGGUGUGGUGUAAUAUCAAUUGAAGGUUUGAGCCUUUCUCUUAUUUACAUACACACACACACACACACACCGAAUGUAUGGACUCAGCUAGCUGCAUUUGCUCCUGGAUUCUUUGCGCAGUUUUUGCUUGUAUAUGUUAUUGUAUCUCUGCAAAUAUAAGUUGUAAUAUCUAUAUAUCUAUAUAUAUGUGUGUAUAUAUAUGUACGUAAACAUAUAUAUACAUGUCACAAAUGAUUAUUAGACUGAAAGGGCAAUUAAAGGUUUUUAUUAAGCAUGAUUUUGAUACUCUCAUCAUAAUGGAUAUUAUACGUGUCUAUAAUAAAGCCUAUUUUCUUUUUAAUCUAAACGUUGGCUAUUCAAAGGGAACAUGUUAAACUGUGAACAUAUAUCUGUACAGGUCUAUCUGCAAGUUUGCAUCUAUUUUAAAACAGAAUAUUCAUACCACUUAAUAAACGUAUUGACAAUA